AUGGCGAGACCCCAAGAUACGGCUUUGGCCCGAUUCUAUGACCUCCCUAAGGUGCACAAAGACGGUGCUCCUUUCCGACCCAUCGUGUCGCUCAAAGGUACUCCAACGUACGGACUGGCUAAGUGGCUAUUCCGGAGUCCCAAGUUCCCGACCGCUGAGUCAGACACCACGGUUUCUUCGUCAGCACAAUUCCUGGAGAAGCUCAAAGGGGUAAGCCUCCAUCCAAAUUAUAUCAUGGUAUCUUUUGAUGUUACAUCCCUUUGUACUUCUAUUCCCCAGGACCUGACGAUCGAGACAAUCGAGCUGCUUCUACAAAGCAAAUACGAUGAAACGGAGAAUCGUCUUGGACGCGCCUAA